CACUCUUCACACCUUGUACACGUCAUCGGCUUCUGGCGAUCCUCGCGCCACUGCGUGAGCGCUUUCCGCGUUUCGGACAGUCAGUCAGGCCGUGUCCUCCGCUGCCGCUCGACUCAUCUCAGCUUGCACGGUUAUCUGGGCCCGCGCGAGUAACACGCGCGACAUGGCCCGCUUCGGCUGCGCUGCUCUCCUGCUGGUAAUCGCCGUCUCAGCGCUAGUUCACACUGGAUAUGCGUUGCAGUGCUGGUCUUGUUCAUCUGAUGCAGACCCAGAUUGUGCUGACCCAUUUUACCCAUCGCAUAAGACACUGACUGAAUGCAAAGCAAAACAUAAAGGGGAAAAACCCACAUGUGAGGCUAUUGUUCUUAAAGUAAACACACUGGAGGUGAUUACAAUGCGUAACUGUGGCUCAGUUCCUAUGAAUGGACCAAUGAAUGUGUCAUGUAAUGUGCAGCUGCCUCCUCACAGCAGCAUUGAACGCUGCCAUGUCUGUACAGAGGAUGGGUGCAAUACAGCUCCAGCUAGAAGGACCACUUACUGGGUAGCAGUAGUGUCUGUCAUCGUUGCAUUUCUAAAUGGUUCUAUAAAGUGUCACUUCUGAAGUGUGCAAUAGCUUUCAGUUGCUCUGGUGCUGUUUAUACCAUUUCUUCUUAAAGUUACUGCAGGAAGAUGAUCAUUGCAGUGUCCAAAGUACUGUGUUAUUCCAUGUCUGUGUUUAGCUAUCAGACAUCAGGAAUUUGUAAAAUUAAUAAUCAACAGCUUUAAGUAUUGAAAGGAACUGGAGGUACCAUAACAAAGAACUACUUUGUGGCAAUUUUUAAACUGGUGGCAGAUUUAUUCUCA